CAACACAUACAAGUCAAGUCCGCUCUUUACCUUCUCUUUUCAGACUGACUCAAUAUUUCAAGGAACUAUUUAGGAAAAAUCCCGAUUUCCCAAACAUAUAAUAUACGUUAAUAAUGCAAGAGGGUAUUACUUGAUGAUGCUUCAUUGAUGUACAUUGGGCACACAGAUGACUCAACAAUAAUAGAUUUCUUGUUGAUGUAGAUUUCAUAGAAGAAGAGGUUGGGGUUAGUGAGUAUAUACCCGAUGAUUAAAUGAGAAAUAUUGUGUUUGCGUGAAGCCUGGCCCUAAGUUUACUAGGAUCAAUGGAGCGUUUAGCCAGGAAUGGUUUGGAUGGAGACGAGAUGAACUUAAACAAUUGCAAUAUCACUAGUUUGAGCUCAGAACUUUCUUUUUCCCCAUAUUUAGCAAAAUUGUUCUUACAGGAGAACAAUAGUUUGACAAUGAUACCUCCCUAUUUCUUUCAGCAUAUACCAGUCCUUCAAGUACUAGAUUUAUCCCGUACAAGCAUACAGUCUUUGCCUCCAUCCAUUUCGAGGUUAUAUUUACUUGAAAAACUUAUCUUACAAGAUUGUACUCUCUUAAUGGAAGUACCGCCUGAAGUUGGAGCACUUAAGCGUUUGAAGCUGUUUGAUCUCGAAGGAACUGAGCUUAUGUAUCUUCCUGAACAAGUUGGAAAUUUAGAGACUUUGGAGUAUUUGCGGGUAUCUUUGUCAGCAUGCGCAGAUGACCAGAAAGAUAGAUAUGGCAUACAGUACAUAAUUCCUCGAAUGAUGAUCUCCAAGCUCAGCAAGCUGAAGGAGUUAAGUAUAAGUGUGGAUCCAGAAGCUGAAUGGUGGGAGGUUGAACUAUUGGAAGCUAUCAUGGGAGAUCUUCCUUUCUUACCAGAAAUUAAAAUUCUAAAGCUGUACUUUCCAACUGCUAAAGCAUUGCAACAGUUCUUAAGGCUUGAAAGGUUUCGAGUGCCUAUAUUUUCAAGUUUAUGGAAUUAUAGAUUUAUGAUUGGUCACUGUGAACAGCUUCCAUUUUCCGUGCAACUUGAUAUGGAAGAGAGUUUUCUGAAAUUGGAGAAAUGUGUGAAAUACAUGAAUGGUGAAGGUUACACUAAUGAAACUGCAGAGUUAAUUAGAGAUGCUGAAGCUUUGUACUUACGCCGUCAUUGGAAUGCUGAGAAGCUCUUGGUGUUUGACACAAGGAGGCUGAAAUAUUGUUUGUUAAUGGAGUGCAAUGAGUUGCAAACCCUGGUUGACCAUGGGGAUUUAUAUAUACAUGAAAAUAGCUCAACAAGUCACAGUGAAGAUGAAAUACUUGGAUCGCUGGAAUUCUUGAGCAUUCACUUCAUGAAAAAGCUACAAAGGAUUUCAAAGGGUCGAAUUGGCAGAAAUAGUCUAUCAUGUCUAAGGAUCCUAGCCCUGCAUACAUGUCCCAAGUUGACUAGCAUUUUUACAGGAUGUUUGCUGGGUAAUAUGCAAAGCUUGACUGAACUUAUCGUUGAAGACUGUCCUGAAGUUAAAUGCCUUGUAGAUUUGGGGGAGGUUAACCCUUGGAGUAAUGGUCCAUUUCUUGUAAGUUUGAGGAAGGUGUCACUUAUAGACUUACCUGAGCUAGUAAGUAUUUCUGACGGUGUUAGCAUUGCACCACAACUGGAUACUUUACUCAUUUUUAAUUGUAUGAAGCUCAACUAUUUAUCUGACAUGGAAAUAUCUAGUGGUACAAAGGUGAUAAAAGGAGAGAUUGAGUGGUGGGAUGCAUUAAAGCAUGGUAAAUUAUCAUGGCAGAAUGUCUUUGUACCACUCAAAAGAGAUGGAGGUUUGAUGGAUCAAUUAGCAGAAGAUACAAACUCGCUCAAACAUUUCCUCGACCUUGAAAUGAUCCCAUCGCAUCAUGGGUGCAACUAUGAGUCUAUCAAGGAAGAUCUGGAACAUGUUGAUCCAGUUCAUACUGAUAGUUUGCCAUCUUCUAAUGAAAUCCAAAAAACUGAAGAUACAGACUAUGAUAAGAAGGCUGUCAAUCACCACCUUGAUUCUGCUGUGAAAAGCUAUUACAGAUGCACAGGUUGCGAAGCAGAGAAACAAAUCGAAAGAUCUGAUGAUGACCCAUCCACCUGGGAAAACUACGGAAUUCAUACUUGUCUCAGCCUUUCACUAGCCAGUGAUUACACACGUGCAACCGAAUCAGCAUUAAGCAUCCCCAGUUUUUCACCAGCCAGUGAUUACAAAAGUGCGACCAAAUUAGCAUUAAGUAUCCCCAAUCUUUCGCUAGCCAGUGAUUACACAGGUGCAACCAAAUCAGCAUCAAGCAUCCCCUAUCUUUCGCUAGCCAGUGAUUACACAGGUGCAACCGAGUCAGCAUUAACUAUCUCCAAAAACAGUGGUCACUUAUAUAUGACAAGAAUCAGUGUUUCCUCAACUCCAGCAGAAUCAUCUUCUACCAUCACUGAUAAUUCUUUUGGAGUGCACUUAACCAAGAAAAAACAUAGAAUCAAGUGGUCAAUUAGAGUACCUGCGAUUAGUAACAAGCUUGAGGAUAUACCUCCAGAUGAAUAUUCCUGGAGGAAAUAUGGUCAGAAGCUUAUUAAGGGUUCUCCACAUCCCAGGGUUUAUUACAGGUGUAUCAGCAUUAGAGGUUGCCCAGCAAAAAAAUACGUCGAAAGGAGCUUGGAAGAUUUGACAAUGCUCAUAGUCACAUAUUCAAAUGAACACAACCACAGUAAGGCUUACUCCGAAAUGCAUACUUCUACGAUCACUGAUAAUUCUUUUGGACUGGACUCUACAAAGAAAAUGAGUGGCAGUGCUAGUAUCCCAAGGUGGAAGCAACAAGCGGAUAUGAUUAGAUCCAGAAUUUUUCCAUCUAUACAGAUUCCACCUUCAUCUAGCAUCCCUUCCAAGCCAAAUAUUAUAAUAUCAGAGGUUGCGGAAAAUAGCAGCACGGAUCUCCCAUCACCUAAGAAGACAGCCCAAAAUGUAAAAGGUAGUCUUUUGUCAUUUUCUAAGAAAAGAAACACGGGCUUGACGGACAAAAUAACUGAGCUGCAUCACGUAGUUUCACCUUUUGUAAAGAUGACCAAUGUGCAAGAUAUAGAUGAUUCCGAAGCUUCGGAUAUGUCCAACUCUGAUCAUGAGGUGGAUGAUUCUGAAGCUCUGGUUAUCUCCGACUCUGAUCAUGAGGUUCUCGUACCCCCACACAAAAUGCAAGGGGGCCCAGUAGAGCUACAGCAGCAGGCUUUGGAGCAGGACUAAGAAGUAAAGAGCUACGUUUGGUACUUGAUGCUAUAUGGGCCAAACUUAUCGAAAGACAAAGAUAGUUCAAACAAUUUACAUAGACAGAGGUAGUUAAUUAUUUGUUUGGUAAUGUUUUUUUUAUAAAAAAGAUUAAUCUGGUAAUGUGUAACUUCAUCAGAUGUUUUAAAGACUACAAUAUUGUGCAUGCAUUAUUUCUUUUACAGUAUAAUAGAACAUCUUGUACCAUGUCAUAUGGCUCCACACCAGUUGAUACGGUUAAUAUGACAUCAACUAGCAUUUUAUGUGUCCGUAUACAUGUUUGUUGUGUA